AUGGAUCACUCCCGAGAUCCCUGUCCGUGGGUUGCCCUGUCUGAUUUUGGUGGCGCAUUCUGUAUGGGCGCCUUAGGUGGUACUUUAUGGCACGGUAUCAAGGGCUUUAGAAACUCGCCCUACGGUGAACGAAGGAUAGGCAUGUUGACCGCCAUCAAAGCUCGGGCGCCGGUAACAGGAGGCAACUUUGGUGUCUGGGGUGGCAUGUUCAGCACGUUCGACUGUGCCGUGAAGGGCAUCAGAAAGAAGGAGGACCCUUACAACUCGAUCAUUGCCGGAUUCUUCACCGGUGGCGCAUUGGCGAUCCGCGGAGGCUACAAGGCCGCACGAAACGGCGCCAUCAUGUGCGCAAUUUUCCUGGCCGUGAUUGAAGGUGUUGGUAUCGGUAUCCAGCGACUAAUGGCAGAAAACACAAGACUUGAUGUGAGUAUUGAUUUGCACCUUGCGAGCUGA